UCAGAAUCCACGCAUUCAGUGAUUCGGGGAGGUUGCUGUGAGUGGUCUUCUGGGCCUUUGUCAUGAUUCAGACCGGCUGGUGAUGUAUCCCACCAUAAAUCUAUAAAAAGUUGCCAGCGCCUUAAUGUUAAGGAACAGAUAGAGGCUUGAGCAGCUUAACUAUCCCACGAAAAUCCUCCAGGAAACAAGUUUAAGGCAUCAUGGCGAGCCAGAAGCCACCUUCCAGCAUUGGUAGGCCGAUGAGCCGGAGCGGAUCUGCUGCUCCUGGUGUCGGAAGACCCCCCACAGCAGUGCGACCUCCUCCCACCGCUAUACGGGUACCAACCGGGAUGGUUCCAGGUACCAGUGGGCACCCUGGUAUGAGAGGGGGCAUCCCCUCUCCUGGAGUCCUGUCAGCACCCAUCAAAGUGACUGACAGGCCUGUGACCCAGCAGGGGCUCAGUGGAAUGAAGACGGGCAUGAAAGGGCCUCAGAGACAGAUUCUGGACAAGUCCUACUACCUGGGUCUGCUCAGGAGUAAAAUCAACGAGUUGACCACAGAGACCAGCAAACUGCACAAAGAGAUUGAAAACUACAACCAGGAGAACUCUGUCUAUCUCUCCUAUGAGAAAAGAGCUGAGGGCCUGGCUGUAGAGAUCAAGGACCUGCAGGGCCAGCUUGCGGACUACAACAUGCUGGUGGACAAGCUCAACACCAACACAGAGAUGGAGGAAAUGAUCAAUGACUACAACAUGCUCAAAGUGCAUAAUGACAUGGAGGCACAAAGCAUCGACAGCAUCUUCACAGAGAGGAGAGAAAGAGAAGUGGUAAUCAGGGCGAUCGAGGAGGAGAUCACAAGGGAAAGGCAGGUGGCCGACGAAGUUGUCCAGGCAAUGCCUUCAGCAAAGCGCGAGAAAUAUUUCUCCAUGACAACAGCCAAUGAUGACCUGCUACAGGAAUUUGCGGUCCUGCAGGAGGAGCUGGACAUUCUGGUAACCAGGAAGGAAGACUAUGAAGCAGAGCUGUCCCACUCCCAGAUAAAACAGGAAAUGGUUCGGCUUCACGAGACGCUGUCGGCACUGGAGGGAAAGCGUAAUGCCAUGGAGGCCGAGCACAAGAGCCUGGGCUCCCCUCAGGAGCAGAGGGAGAAAUUGCUAAAGCAGGUUAAGGAGGACAACCAGGAAAUAGCCAGCAUGGAGAGACAACUUACUGAGAUCAGGGACAGGACGAGACAAAUCAUAGAGGACAUCCGGAAUCUGGAACAGGACUCAGAGGCAGCUCAGGGGGAGUGCCAACAGAAGUACAAGGAGCUGAAGAGGAAGGAGGAAGAAAUAGACCGGUUCCUGGAGUCGUUUGAGGAGUCCAAAGCUGAGGAGCUGGAGAAGCUCAACCAGAGCCAGGAAAACAUCGUCUCACUCCUGGAACAUUGCAGCAGGAACAUGUUGAGGUUACGCCAUGUGGAUACGGUGACUGCCAGCGAGCUGAAGAACAUGCAAGAGGUACUGGUCAGCAAGGAGACGGAGGUGGUCCAAUCAGUGAGCACCACCAGAGGACUGACAACAGAGUCCCGACGCCUGCAGCAGGACCUGGAGAAGGUCCAGCAGCUAGAGGGGAAGAUCACAGAGGAGCUCAGCACACUGAAGGAACAAGUCAGCACCAUGGAGUCUGAGCUGCACACCUACGGAGACCUGGAGACCCUGAGGCAGACGGCCGAGGACAAGAGGAAGAGGCUCCUGAAGGAACGGGUGUCUCUGACUCAGCAUCAAGAUUCAUUUGGACAGCUGUUGGAGGAGAUGAACCAGAAACACGAAGCUCUCAAAAUCAAACUGCAGGAGAACGAGACGCAUGCUCAGCUGACUAACCUGGAGAGGAAAUGGCAGCACCUGGAGCAGAACAAUUUUGUAAUGAAAGAGUUCAUCGCAUCCAAGACUCAGGAGAGCGACUAUGCAUCAGUUGCUAAGAUUGUCUCCCAGCAGGUGGAGGAGUACAACAAGAGCCUUAUAGAGUCGCUGCAGACGAAUGGCCUGAAAUAACCUCCAAUCAGUUAUCUUCAGAAAAACAAGGACUUUCUGCUGAACCUGGUGUCUUCAUUGAGAAGUUGGUAAUAAUAUGGAAAUUAGUGUUUUUAUUAGUGUAGUUUUGGGCAUUUUUACAACAGCUGCAUAUUGUUGCAGCUACAAAUUUCUCUUUUUAUCUGACCACAGAUUUUGAUAUUUAUCUUCUUUCUGCCAUCUGGGCUUUUAGAGAGUAUUUAAAGUUUGUCAGCUUGUAUUCUUCCUUGCUUCGGAUUGUUCUUUUUUUCUGUUAGCCUGAGCAUUGCAGUUUCACUUGUUCCUGAGCAAUAAAGGUGGUGACAUGUAA